AUGACCGGCGAGGCGUUCAGUCUAGAGUCGCUGGUCCUCCCGAGCGGGAUCAAGGCCCUAUGCGAGGACCAGGCGCUACGUUCAGCGUUCGUGGCGUCGAUGCUGACCCUUGACGACGGCGGCCUGGCGGCCCAAUUUUCGAGACGCGCCGUUCGCGUCUGCCAGCAAUUCUCCGGCCGGGGGGGGUCCGGCCCCCAGCCAGCUCCACCAUCCCCUGCCGUGAAGUCGGCGAUAGCACCAACAGGGCCUCCGCCCGCGCCAGCACCAGUAGAGUCCGGACCCGGAGGUCCGAAGCCGGAGGCUACACCCCCAAGGUCCGAAGCCGCACCUCAAGAGGAGGCUGCCCAUCCCGCUGUCACGACCGAGGCGCCAGCAGCGGCGGCGGCGCCGGACACCACGGCGGGGGCCUCUCCAGCUGAGCCAGCAACAGAGGAGGCGGCGGCAGCAGCAGUGGCACCAGCACCGGGGGACGCGGAGGUUGCCAGCACCGCCACACCACCCGCGCAGGAGGAGCCGGAGGUGGUGUACGGGAGGCACCUUCUCCCUAGCCCAGCGAAGGUCCCUCUCCCCUGCCUCCUGGCCAAGAGCCAGCAGGCACUGGAGGAGUUGGAGGCGGGUAUCCACCGGGAGUGGGAGGAGCUGGAGGCGGAGCGCCUCCGGCUCUCCAACUGGGAGCGCCGCCUAGGGGACCGCAUCAAGACAGUCUCCGCCCGCUACGCUGGGGAGCGCGCCGAGCUUGCGCUGGAGAGCGAAGACCUGCAGGAGCAGCUGCAGAAGGUUCUUGACCGAGAGGCGGCAGUUGCCCAGCGGGAGAGAGUGGCCACCCGGCGGGAGGCGCAGGCCAUCGAGCGGGAGCUCGCGGCGGAGAUGAAGGUGAGCUCGGCGGAGGCGAGGACGAAGAUCGCCCUCGAGCUCACCGACCACGCCCGGGUGUCGCUGGAGCUGAUCAAAGAGCAGCAAGCUGCCCUUGCGGAACGGGAGGCGGCUGUGGUGGAGGGAGAGGCCAACCUCGCCGUCCACCAGGAGGAGUUGGCGGCCCGAAUCCAGGGACUCCAGGAGCGGGAGGCAUCUCUUCAGGAGAGGGAGACAUCCCUCCAGGAGAGGGAGGCCAAGGUGGAGGAGUUCCUAGCAGAGCGGAGCGCCAGCAUCGGCCGGAUUGUGAAGUCAACCAGUGAGGUGAACUCCUCUCUGGAUGCACUCGGAGUAAGUCCCAUUUGGGUCGCGGAGGCCCCACCCUCACUUGGCGCUGCCCUCAUGGUGCUGGACUCCGCCGCUGAGCGGCUGCGACAUCUGGAGUCCGCUAUCCUCGACCUCCUGGAGACAGAAGGGCGAGCGGUUGCCUAA